AUGCCAAAGAAACAGCUUCAGAGCACUGCCCAGGCAGAGUACCAUCCUCCAUCCACGGGCAUCUUCUCCAUUCUCCCAGCCCAAUGGGUCCCAUACGCGGAAUUGAUGCGUCUGGACCGACCAGCGGGUUACUUUGCUUUCUACUGGCACUACCUGAUCGGAAUGAGUUUCGCGGCCGCUAUCCUUCCUCCCUCCCUACCGCUCCCGGCUCUCAUGGAAGCGUGCGUGUACCAGAUUGUCUGGGUCAUUAUACUGCGCGGGGCAGUCUGCACGGUCAAUGACAAUCUCGACCAGAAGUUCGACCGCCAGGUCGCCCGGACCAGAUGGCGGCCCAUUGCGCGGGGGGCGGUCUCCACCCCCCAAGCCAACGUCUUUGCCCUGCUCCAAUUCGCCAUCCUGGCUGUGAUGGCCUUCGAGUGUCCCCUGCAGUACGCUACGAAGUCGGGGGCCAUUCCCCUCUACGCCAGUCUGACCACUAUCAUUCUGAGCGUCUACCCGCUGGGCAAGCGGGUGACCGACAUGCCGCAGUUGAUCCUGGGUGUGGGCUUCGCGGCUGCCAUCCCCUUCUCGGCUGCCAUGAUAGGCCUCGACGCUCUCCCCGCGCUGCCGACAUUGCUGGAUUUUACCGCAUGGAGCGCUGACGAGCGGGUGGGCGCAGCGUCGCUCAGUCUGUGCAUUGCCUGCGCGAUCUGGACUGUGAUUUUUGACACGGUUUAUGCGCACCAAGACCGGGAGGACGAUAUCAAAGCGGGUGUGCGCUCCCUGGCGGUUCGUCUGGGUGAACACACCAAGCCGGCUCUCGCGGCGGGCGCGGCCAUUCAGGUCGGACUGCUGGUGUGUACUGGUCUUCUGAGUCACUUUUCCGCCGUCUACUUUGUGGCGUCGUGUGGGGGAGUGGCGGUUGCGCUGGCCGCUAUGCUUGUGCUGGUUGAUCUACGCUCGUCGGCCAGCUGCGCGUGGUGGUUUGGCAAGGGCACGGCGAUUUUGGGGACCAUUUUGCUGUCGGGACUAGUUGGCGAGUUUGUGAUGCAGGCAUGA